UUCCUGGUCAUCACCCCAGUCUGCACAGAAGACCUCUCCAUGACUUCUCAGAGUAAAACUCAAAAAUCCACUGAGGAAUUGGCUCUCCAGAUGCUCCUGCUUUUACUGGUUGGGAUUGGGACCGUGGCCAACAUUCUUCUGUUUGUCCAUAAUUUCUCUCCCAUCUUUACUGGCUCUCGACUGAGGCCAACACAGGUCAUUGUCACCAACUUGGCUGUGACCAAUGCCUUCCUUCUCCUUGUCACUGCAUUUCCAACCAACAUGAUGGUUUUUGUUCCAAGGAAACCCGCAACUAACCUGAAAUGCAAAAUUGUGUUCUUCAUUCGCCUGGUGGCUCGAAGCACAAACAUGUGCUCCACCUGUGCCCUGAGCAUCCAUCAGUUUGUUACUCUUGUUCCUGGUCAUUGGGGUAGGCUAAUGCUUCGAGGAAGAACCCCUGAUGCCCUGAGUUAUUCUUGUUACAGUUGUUGGUUGUUCAGUAUCUUAAAUAAUGUCUACAUUCCAAUGAAAGUCAGUGGUCCACAGAGCCCAGGCAAUGACACUAACAAUAACAGCAAGUUUCUCUGUUCCACAUCUGGAUUCAGUGUAGGCAUCAUCUUCUUGCAUUUUGCCCAUGAUGCCACAUUCAUCAGCAUCAUGGCCUGGACCAGUGUCUCCAUGGUGAUUCUCCUCUAUAGGCAUCACCAGCGAACACAGCACAUCAUCACUUCCAAUCAGAACCACAGAGGCCAUGCUGAGACCAGAGCAGCCCAAACUGUCCUGAUGGUGGUGAUCAUAUUUGUUGCCAUGUACCUCCUAAAUUUUAUUUGUAUCAUCUUUCACACAUUUUUAACAGACUGGGGUCUCUUGUUGAGGCAUGUAGGUGAAGCUUUGACUGCAGGCUUCCCCACUAUUUCUCCCUUCCUGUUGAUCUUUAGGGAUCCUAAGGAUCCUUGUUCUGUGCUCUUCAACUGCUGA